UUGAACACUUGCGCCUCUCAGUUGUUGGUCUCGCAAAUAAAGAAUUAAACUCUGACUAUAUACGCACACACACUAGCCGAUUUGAGACAAUUUUAUACGUGCGCGGAUUUCUAGUGAUUAUAAUUGAAUUAAAAGUGACAUAGAGAUACGAAAGAUCCGCCAUUUCCUUGGGGCACGUGCCACAUGCUGCCUGGCAGGCAGUCAGUCAGUCAGUCGUGAGUGAGUUGGGGAGUUAGCCCCUUCUAUAAAUAACAAACUCUCAACUUUAGUAUUAUUUUUAACAUCCAGACAACGAAGUGAAGCCCAAAUGAAAGAAGUGCAACAACUAAUUAUCACGGAAAUUGUCAUAGAUCAAACACUCUCUCUCUCUCUCUCUGUGUGUAACAAAGCAGUUGACAUACGCCUACCACAUACAAACGCCCACAACAAUUGUCUCUAAUUAUUGAAAAGGCAUUCACAAUGUAUUGCCUGCAUCUGAAGAACUUCAAAUGUACUUAUCGUAUGCCCGCUCAGCGGUUCCAGGCAUUGCCGAAUAUCGAGAAAAGUUAAAGAUAACAAACAAAAUAAAACACCCGUGCGACAAGUGAACAAAAAUUAUCAACAACUACUGAAUAUUGCAUUUUAUUUUUGUUUUUGCACACACAUAUAAAACUCUCAAACUCAGCGAUAACUAUUGAGAUCGAAAGAGAAUAUUGGAUAUAAGUCCUAGACAGCUGGUGCAAGAUGUCACAGCUAAUGCUAUUGGGAUUGGGGCUAGUUGCCUGGCUGUUGCCCGUUUGGGGACAGAGGCCGUUGCUCUCGAAUCACACCUUCAACUCACUGCCCAUGUCGCAGCAUCAGAGCUACAAUUAUCCUGUGCCCAUGGGUGGGGGUAAACAGUUGCGCAAUGGACGUCUCCAUGAGCAACCGUUGCCCUUGCCUACGCUACCGGGAGUGGCUCAACCCGUCCAUAUCUACGACGACUAUGAGGGUGAAACAGGCGCCAAUUUGGGAGGAGGUGGUGCUCUUGGAUCACGUCCACCGCCAGGUAGUCGUCGGGAUACACGUCGUCGUCAGAAUCUCUCACAAGUGGGAGCGGGCGCCUUGCCGCGACCUGAACGUGGCAAUGGUAGGCGUGGCAUGGAAUCGCUACGCAAGGAGCUGAUGAAACCAUCGGUGGGUGGUCCAGGCGGUGGCAUAUCUGGCAGUAGUUCCGGUUAUCCCUCAUACUCUGGGACCUCAUCAAUUGGACGCAUCGAUGGUCUUGGCCAAGGUAUUGGAUCGGCGGAUCGCUAUGGCGAACAGUUACGACAGCCAAGCGGCGUGGCAGCCAUGACAUCUGGUCCUAUAACUGGUGGAGGCGCUUCCGGUUCCAGUCCAUACUCCACACGUUUUCCGCCUCUUUACGCUGGGGUAGAUGACUUACCGAUGCGCACGUAUCCGAGAAAGAAUUCCAUAAGUGAAUUGUUUAAGCUAAAGAAGAGUUUAAAUCAAGCUGAUGAACCAGCUGGUGGAGUAACUCGCGGUAAUUUAGAUGGCGACCACGAUGCAGAUCCAUUGGAUCCCAUACAACAGAUCAAGGAACGUAUUAGGGAUACGGAACCCAAUCCGAAUACCUACGCACCUCACACAGAGUCCACACCGUCCUCGGAAAUCGAAGAUCUGCUCGGUGUGAAAUGCAAUUUCGAGACACCAUGCGCAUGGUCUUGGGUUGACUAUCCCGAUGGCUUUCAGGUCAUAUCCGGCACGGAAUUGGCUAAGAAAAACAUGACCGGCCUUCUACCUGGGCCCGUUGCCGAUAGCAUUGAUGAUGCAAAUGGUCAUUUUCUAUAUGCUCGCGUUCAACCCGGCACUAAGCAACUCAAUUUGACAUCUCCCCAGUUUAGUACCACAAUGGAAAAGUGCUUCUUGGAGGUCUAUAUGCACCAGAGCGACAUGAGUCAUGGUUUAUCGCGAGUUGUAGUCGAACCACUUCAUACACAAGAGAGCAGUUGGGUGCCUACCGAAAUACAAGGAGACAAUUUCCGCCAAUGGACACGCAAAUUCUUUCGCUUGGGUCGCAUUUCCAGAGAUUUUCGCAUUGUCUUCGAGAUUGUGCCGGAAUUGAAGGCGGGUCAGAAGGCACAUGUGGCUUUGGAUAAUUUACGCAUGGUUAGCUGUUUCCCCGAGGGCACCAAAUCGGAAAAAUGCAGUGCCUCACAGGUCAAGUGUAUGAUGAACAAGGUGCCGGUUUGUAUUCAACUGCCGCGCAUCUGUGACAUUACACGAGAUUGUGACGAUGCCGAAGAUGAAUUGCAGUCAUGUGAUAAAAUCCCUUACGGUGGUCGCUGCGACUUUGAGGAGGAUUGGUGUGGCUGGCGUGACUCGGGCAAGACAACAUUGACAUGGUCGCGACAUACUGGAAGUUCACCCACCCAUGACACUGGCCCCGAUGGUGAUCACACUCAACAGCAUUUAAUCAACAAUACUGGCAGUGGCUAUUAUAUGCUCGUCAAUAUGAAUCAGCACAUUAACAAUACGGAGAAGAGCUCGAUUAUCGGUUUUGCUAGCAAUGCAAUCAUGUUGAGCAAAACAUUCAAUCCACCACCAUCGGUGCAUGGUAAUCCAGAUUCACCCUAUCGCAAUUCAUGUGUGGUGCGUUUCUAUAUCCAUCAAUUUGGCAAGAAUCCGGGAAGCAUUAAUCUCUCAGUGGUGGAAAUGAAGGAGAAGGAGAAUAUAACCACAACUCUCUGGUGGAGCACCAAGAACCAAGGAAGCGAUUGGCUGAGAGCCGAAUAUGUUCUACCCAACAUAACAUCCAAAUACUAUCUGCAAUUUGAGGCACGGAUGGGAAUGAGGAUCUUCUCCGAUGUGGCUGUCGAUGAUUUCUCUCUAAGUCCAGAAUGUUUUGGCCUCAAUAUACCGGAAGAACAUCUCAAUGGCUAUAACUAUUGGGAUGUAAGAAAUAAUCUAAAGAGACCAACACAUCGAGAUUUCGAGCAUACAAACUAUCUUGAGUUAACCUCUUGUGACACCCGUGGAAUGAUAGGACCGACUCAGGCUCAAUGUGAAUCCGCCUAUAGGGAGCAGAAUAAGACGCAUGUUCUAAGAGAAGUUCAUGUGGUCGAAGAUCAGAGCACCUACAAAGGAAUGCAGAAGUGGAAAGUACCAAAUGAAGGACACUAUACGGUUAUUGUAAAGGGAGCGAGUGGUGGCCUGGGAUCAGGUGGCGUAGGUAGCUCUCGCGGAUCUGUAGCUGUAUCCGUCCUUGAGUUACACAAGAAUGAAGAACUAUAUUUCCUUGUGGGGCAAGAGGGUGAGAAUGCUUGUAUCAAGAGCAUGGGCACCCACAAGGAAGCUGGCUGUGGCGCCGAACACGAUGUGGAUCUGGGACAAUACAGUUUUCGUUCCAAACAGGACAUGGUCAAGAAAAUAUAUAUUGAAAAUGGAGCUGGUGGUGGAGGUGGCGGUUCAUAUGUAUUCCUCCUUAAUCAGGCGAAGAAUGAAGCAGUUCCCCUACUCGUGGCCGGUGGUGGUGGAGGUUUGGGCAUUGGCCAGUAUAUCGAUGAGGACUUUCAGCAUGGUCAGAAAUCCAAGGCUCAACAAGCUCCUGAAAGCGGUCAAAUCAAUGGUGAACCGCUGAACAAGAAAACUGCAGGACCUGGAGGCGGUUGGCGUGCCAAAGAGGAUCAAGCUUUGAGUCCCACUUUCGGAGCAGCUUUGCUUCAGGGUGGACGAGGCGGACAUUCAUGCUAUGUGGAACUGGCCGACAAUGGCACCUCCGUUCACAGACAUGGUCAGGGAGGAUUUGGCGGCGGUGGAGGAGGUUGUAACACAGGAGGAGGAGGUGGCGGCUACAAAGGUGGCGAUGUCUUUCUAAAUGAGUCGAAUGGCGAGGGCGGUAGCUCGUACAUAAGCAGCAGUCGUAGCCUAAGGGACACCAGUACCAUAUAUGCUGGAGCUAGCAGUGGAGCAGGCGCCAUCAUUAUCAUUCCGGCAAUCGAGGGUUGCGGCUGCGAUUAUCGCUGUGUGGCCCUGGAUGAAUUUAGAUCCGCAGUGCGUUGUAUAUGUCCAGAUGGUUGGAGUCUCAAGCGAGACAAUAAUACCGCCUGUGAGAUCCACGAAGAGGCUGGCAAAUCUUCAUUCCAAUAUUUGGUCUCCAUUCUACUGAUGUCUCUAGCCGUGCUCUUUAUCUGCAUAGCCGCUUUGGUCUUUAUGCUAUACAAUCGCUAUCAACGCAAGAAGCAAGCCAAACUAAGACAUAAAAUGCUAGUGGAACAGGAUCUACAACUUAGCCGUUUGCGCCACAAUAUUGACGACUCGAAUCUGAAUAACUUUAAUCCAAACUAUGGUUGCGAUGGCAUACUCAAUGGUCACAUAGAUGUCAACAGUUUACCACAGGUGGCACGUGAAAGUCUUCAACUAGUCAAUGCCCUGGGCAAGGGAGCCUUUGGUGAGGUUUAUUUGGCCCUAUAUCGCCAUCGUGAUGGCGAUGCUGUGGAAAUGCCUGUCGCAGUCAAAACCCUUCGUGAGGAUCCCAAACGUGAGAAGGAGGAAGAUUUUCUCAAGGAGGCAGCAAUUAUGGCCAAAUUCAAUCACCCGAAUAUGGUUCAUUUGAUUGGCGUUUGCUUUGAUCGACAACCUUACUAUAUAGUCUUGGAACUUUUGGCCGGCGGUGAUUUGCAAAAGUUUUUGCGUGAAAAUCGUAAUACCCCCGAACGUGUAUCCCUGCUGACAAUGAAGGACCUGCUCUUCUGUGCUCUGGAUGUUGCCAAGGGUUGUCGCUAUAUGGAGAGUAAACGAUUCAUUCAUCGUGAUAUAGCAGCCCGAAAUUGUCUACUGAGCAGCAAGGGUCCAGGACGAGUGGUGAAAAUUGCUGAUUUCGGAAUGUCUAGGGAUAUCUAUAGAUCGGACUAUUAUCGCAAAGGUGGCAAGGCUAUGUUGCCCAUUAAAUGGAUGCCACCAGAAGCCUUCCUCGAUGGCAUAUUCACAUCCAAGACAGAUGUCUGGUCCUUUGGCAUUCUACUGUGGGAAGUCUUCAGUUUAGGACGCUCUCCGUAUCCGGGUCAACAUAAUACACAGGUCAUGGAGUUGGUGGUGCGAGGCGGUCGGUUAGGAUCGCCCACCGAAUGUCCUGUCGCCAUAUACAAAAUAAUGGCCGAUUGCUGGAACCCAACACCCGAGGAUAGGCCCACAUUUACUAGCUUAUUGGAGCAUCUAACAGCCUGCACUCAAGAUCCAAGCAUAAUGAAUGCUCCAUUACCAAAUAUAUUGGGUCCCACGGCAUCGGAGCGUGAUGACACUGUCAUCCGGCCACCCAAUGGCGAGGAGUUCUGCUUGGCAGUGCCCGACUAUCUAGUACCGCUGACGGAUAAUGUCAACAAUCCAUUAGCUAUGCCCGGAGGCGCUGGUGGCUCAUCGCAGCGACAGCAACAGAAUGCUGCAUCAUGUACACCGCCUGCGGUCACCUCGCCAGCUGCCCCCAAGCCAUUAGCUGCAGCCCUAGCAGCCGAUCAGCUAGUCGAAGGCGGAGCAAGUGGCAUGAAUGGCGAUUGUUGGGAGACAUCUUUUAUAUUGCCCAACUCGAAGAGUGAUCAGCCCUUGCUGAAUUCGGUGUCAUCUGCUGGCAAUGCCAAUCAGUGUGGAGCCCCAGAGGCCUCCGUCACGCCCAUUCUGCGUUCACCGACGCAUAGUGAUGAGGCCAAACUAAUCAGCUUGGAUACACCGCAACCGACACCAACGACCAUUCAACCACCAUUGUCGUUUGCCUCCCAGCUGGAUGGGAUAACACUGGAUCCGUCGGCUCUCAAGAGUCUACCCAAUGGCAGUGCCAAGCAGUCGUAUGCCAAUGUCCAGGUUAAAUUGGAGUCAGAGGGUAAACUGAAUGGCGUCGUGCCCAAUGGCAAUGGCACCAUUCUAAAUGGUUCGGCUGGGGCAACAAGUGCCAAUGGCACAGGCAAUGGAGAGAUUGCUGCAGUGGCCACCAUCCAGGGCUAUGCCGAUCGUUAUAAGGAUAACAACAAUCAUUCCGAAAUCAGUUGUUAGGCUCAUUUUCAACUGUUUGCUCAAGUUGGCAAACCCUCUCACACACACACACACACACACACACACAUACACAUACAGGGUGUCGCAGCUCAAAGCUGUUGCAUUCGCCAAAACUCAUUUUAAUUGGAUUGCCAAAUCACAGUUUGUUUAAACAAAAAAAUAAAAUAAAAAGUGAAAAACAAAAAAAAAAAAAAUCGAGUGAGACCUUCACAAGAACUUGUAUUUGUAAUUAAAUAUAAAAAACAGAAAAAUACGCUAACAAAAAAUAAAA